AUGCCUCUUGAUGAGAACAUUCUUACACUAAACCUCUCUGUCGCGGAGCUGCCUCAGUUCCACCUUCGCUUCGAAAACCGCAAUCAGCUCAAGCUUUGGCACCAAGCACUACUCGACUUGAACGCUGUCGAAACGUCGCCAGUCCGCAGUCCAGAGUACGACCGAGGAGAAUUCUCCGAGACGGACGAGGAUGAUUGGCAGCGUGGAUCGCGACAGCAAAGGGUGUCGUCGAUUGCCUCGUCCUGGGGCGGCCCUAAAUCCACCACAACGGCGCCUACCGAGUACACCAACUUCCAGAGAAGCCCGACGAUGCCGGCUUCCAUCCACGUUCCCAUCGACGUGGUCGUGGUCGUCCCCAUCUCAUCGUCGAUGCAAGGCGUCAAGAUCAACCUUGUUCGCGAUGCUCUCAAAUUCAUGGUCAACACCCUCGGCGAGAGAGAUAGGAUGGGACUCGUCACCUUUGGAUCGGGCGGCGGCGGCGUACCCAUUGUGGGCAUGACCACGAAGGCGUGGCCCGGUUGGGGCAACGUGUUGGGCUCCAUCAAGCCGGUUGGGCAAAAGAGCCACCGCGCUGAUGUGGUUGAAGGCGCCAAUGUCGCCAUGGACUUGCUCAUGCAGCGCAAGUACAACAACCCGAUCGCCACCAUUAUGCUCAUCAGCGACGCCUCUACUUCGGACGCCGACAGCGUCGACUUUGUUGUGUCGAGAGCCGAAGCAGCCAAGAUUACCAUCCACUCCUUUGGCCUCGGCAUGACGCACAAACCCGAUACCAUGAUUGAGCUCUCCACCCGCACCAAGGCGUCCUAUACCUACGUCAAGGACUGGAUGAUGCUUCGCGAGUGCCUUGCCGGCUGCCUCGGCGCAAUGCAGACGCUCUCGCACCAAAACGUGAAGCUCAAGCUGAAGCUGCCUGAAGGAUCCCCGGCCAAGUUCCACAAGAUCAGCGGUGCCUUGCAGAUUACCAAGCGCGCGACGGGUCGUGAUGCUGAGGCCUCCCUGGGCGAUCUUAGAUUCGGUGACAAGCGCGACGUCUUGGUGCAGCUGGUCAUUGUGCCGGAUAACACGUCCCAGGAACAACUGCCACAGGAUCCUUGGGACAACAUCGUCUCGGGUCUGGAGGCGCUCGGCGGAGCUGGCGAUGGCGACGACCAGCGGGUGACUUCUGUCGAGGAGGUCCCUCUCAUCCAGGCUGACCUUACAUGGGGUGACAUUCUCCGGGAUGGCACGCUCUCCCAUCUUCCCCGCCCCUCUCUGCUCGCCAUCACCAUGCUUCCGGCCCAGGCGAAAAACAAGAAUUCAUGGGCAGGAUCGCCCCCGAUCCCCCCUCAUCCGCACAUCGUCCAGCGGCGCAUGGAGCUGCUGACGUCGGAUAUGCUAACUCGCGCCUUGACCCUCGUGUCGCGCGGUCAGCACGACCGAGCGCACACCCUACUCAACGAGACCCGAUCUAUUUUGAAGGGUCUUGGAAAAGGUGGUCUGCCUCCGAUCCCUCCACCGACGGCACCGCCAACCAGAUCCCUCCCUUCCACCCCACACCCCGGGAACGAUGCCUCACCCUCCAUCACCCCCGACAGAAAACAAACUCCAUCGCCCACUCAAUCGGCCAACUCAUCCGCCGUCAAUGGCUACCAGGCCACUGGCAUCGGACGCAGUCGGUCCAACGAUGGCCUCGGUCUUGGUGCUGGUAUCGAUGCCAACACCGUUGCCGCUCUGGAUCAUGAGCUCGAGAGCAGUCUCGAGUGGAUCAGCCACCCUGCCGUUUUUGGCCGCGACAGCCGCAAAGCUGUUCUCCAAGCCAUUGGAGUCAUCAGCUCUCAGCGAGCCUUCACCUUCCGUACGCCGAUUGAAUCUUUGUGGUCUGGUCGCGUGGCGGGUGUGAAGAAGCUCACCAGCAAGAGUCGUGAAUGGCGCGAAGAGGGUGGCGGCGAGGGCGGCAUCAUGGAGGAGGCCUAA